AUGGCCAGAAUCGAACCAGGAGGAAAUUUUCGGAACAAGGAGUCAUACGAGGAGCCGCCUGCGCAAGAGAGCGGAUACGGAGAAUGCAGCACCGCCUGUCAAAUGCCCUUGCAACCGUAUGAGGUCCCAGACUGGCUAGUUUUCCUGGAUGACUAUGAGGUCGAGUCGUUACUAAUCACCGGAUCUUUCGGAGGCGUCUACGCAGCUAGACGACAAAUAGAUGACUUACAAAUUGUAAAGGCCAAAGGUGCAUCCGAAGAUCUUGAUAGUAAACGCGACUCUAAAGCACUUACGCCUGGUUUAUACUUUCCGUGUGAAGCCUUCGAGCAAACCGCUACGCAAAGCGCGUGCGCAGUGUCCCUCAAAGUGAUAAGUAAGGAUUCGGUUGCGGAGUGGGUUCAAAUACCUGGAGAGCACCAAGUAAUUCCGCUUGAGAUUGCGUUAAUGAAAAUAAUUGGGAGACCGCCGGUGUCCCCGGGAAUAAUUCAGCUUCUCGAUUGGUGUAUCAGCUCUUACAAUGUGUUUUUAGUCCUCGAGCGCCCCGAGCCUUUCAUAGAACUUCACGACUUCGUAUUUAAGUAUGAAAAAGACCUGGAAGAGCCGCACGCUUGGCGUAUUUUUCAGCAGAUUGUGGAGGCGCUCCAUCACUGUCUUUCCAGGGGCGUCUUCCAUAGGGAUGUGAAGAUGAAUAACAUUUUAAUCCAGGUCCACACCUGCCAAAUCAAACUCAUGAACUUUGAAGGUGCAUCUCAGCUGCGGGAGGGGGAAUACACAACUUUCAGAGGUGCGCUGAAGUACGCGCCUCCGGAGUGGUUUACCAAGAAGCGUUAUGAGGCUGCACCCGCCACAGUCUGGGCUCUGGGUGUGGUGCUCUACGCUCUGGUCUUUGGAGUCUUUCCCUUUGACACAUGUAAGGAUACCGUCAAGGGAAAUAUCGCAUUCCCGAAAAAUAUCACCAGAGAAUGCCGAAAAUUGAUUCUGCAUUGCUUGUCAAAAUGCCCGAGAGAGCGACCCUCCCUGGAAGAGAUUCUAAGGCAUGCGUGGAUGAUCUAAGAAUGGACACAACAAAGUAACCCAUACAAGUUUGAAUUGAUAAUUGAACAUUGGCGAUUUUGAUGUAUAUGUGGAUCUGCUUUGCUGUAAUAUUGUAAAGUACAUCUAU